AUGAGUGAAAAGGCGACCGUAGACGCAACGCCUCUCUUACGAGGACAGCUUCAACAACGACCACGAAAGUCCCAUUGUUCCACCGUGCUGGGCCUCUUGGCAGCUGUUUGUCUUAUCACAUUCUUCCACCAUCGACCUCAUCCACACCCAGUGAAUAUUGAGGGUCCAGCAGAGAAGCCAUGGACUUGGAGCGAUGUCAAGCCAAGCCGAGCACUCCAUUGGGAGCCGUGUUACGAAAAGUUUGAGUGUGCAAGACUUGACGUCCCAAUGGACUGGCUUGAGCCCUCUGACCAUAAGAGAGUUGUUCUUGGUGUUAUCAAGCUACCAGCCAAGACAAAAGACAACCCUGUUUCUCCGCUCUUUGUGAAUCCUGGAGGACCUGGUGGAUCGGGAGUUUCCUUUGUAAGAAAAGAGGGACAUGUCCUACAAGCAGCUGUUGGUGACAACCAUGACAUUAUCAGCUUCGAUCCCCGUGGAGUCGGCGUCUCUACGCCUCGAGUUGAGUGCUGGGGCUCUUCUCAAAAGAGAAAGCUAUGGAGUCUCCAAGACACACCCGUUGCCGAUGAACACCCUGGUCUCAUUUACGAUGCCUAUGCCCGAGCAUCUGCCUACUCCGGAACUUGUGAGCAGGCCAUGGAGGAGACUGGUCUGAUGGAAUUCCUUGGCAGUGCAUCCAUUGCUCGAGACAUGCUCGAGAUUCUUGACAAGACAGGCCACGAGAAGCUACGAUACUGGGGAUUCAGCUAUGGCACUGUUCUUGGUGGUGUUUUCGCUGGACUUUACCCUGAGCGUGUCGAGAGACUGGUCAGCGACGGAAAUGUUGACUACCACGACUGGUUCAACUUGGACCACGGUAACUUUGUCUCCGACACAGAUAUGAUCUUCGAUGGCUUCGAUAAAGCCUGCCAUAAAUCCGGGCCUCUCAAAUGUGCUUUUUAUGCUGACUCACCAAAAGCCAUCGAGGAACGUCGAAGCAACCUCCUCACACAUCUCAAGACAUCACCUGUUCUCGUUCCAGCUUGGACUCACGAUUCCGGCCCUGAACUACCUCUCCUGAUCACCUACUCCCAUCUCCAACGCCUUAUCCAAACUUCCAUUUAUGCUCCCCUGAAGAAGUUCCCUCAACUGGCUCGUGUGUUCGCUUCUUUAGAAGAGGGCGACGGAAUUCCCUAUUAUGAGAUGGUGAUUGAGGGUAGAAAUAAGAGCCUCAACGGAGAUAUGUGUGAACUUGGAGAAACUCCUACAACUAUGCCCCUUGAGACCUCUAUGGAGCUCGACGCUUUCCCUGCUAUUAUGUGUCUGGACUCAAGGCCUGUGACAGAAACACCGCAGGAGAUUGCAGACUAUUUUGACAGAAUUACACACAAGAGUCGUUGGGCGGGAGCAGUCAACUCCAAUUUCCAUACUGCACAUCCAAUUCUCUACAUCGGCAAUAUGGCUGAUAAUGUGACGCCUUUACAGAGUGCGUUUAACAACUCUGUCAAGUUUCCCAGCUCAGUUGUUCUCAAGCAGAACUCCUACGGUAAGGGCACAUUGCCCCCUGCUGGUGCCGAGUGUGAUCCCGAUUAUGAUCUCUUCGAGAUGCCUGGGUUGGAAGAGGACGUGACUGGUUUGGAUGAGCUCAGCUCGAUUGCGCUCAAGUUGUCGAGAGAAGUUGAGCUGCCCAAGGCCUUCUGA